AAACCAUUUAAAAGUCAAUAUGUGGAUGACAUUGACAGUUUUCUCAGCUGUCAUUAAAUUUUGUUAAAAUCAGUAAAGCAUACAUAGAGGAUGCUGCGCCAGCCGCUAACCAGGGCGCUUGCGCUGAGCUCUCCAUCCCGCGCCGCACCGCUGGCCGUCCGGCGCUACGCCGAGGUUGUGCCACAGCCUGAUAAAGUAGAGGUCUUCAUAGAUGACAAGCCUGUGUAUGUACCACCUGGCACUACAGUAUUGCAGGCUGCGGCCCAAGUUGGUGUUGAAAUACCGAGGUUCUGCUACCAUGAGAGGCUGGCUGUUGCUGGUAACUGCAGGAUGUGCCUUGUGGAGGUUGAAAAGUCACCAAAGCCAGUAGCAGCAUGCGCUAUGCCAGUUAUGAAGGGAAUGAGAGUGAAGACCAACUCGGAUCUGACAAGGAAAGCCAGAGAAGGUGUGAUGGAGUUCCUGCUGGUGAACCAUCCUUUGGAUUGUCCGAUUUGUGAUCAAGGUGGAGAGUGUGACUUGCAAGAUCAAUCUAUGGCAUUUGGUUCUGAUAAGAGCCGAUUUACUGAUAUACAUUUCUCUGGAAAACGGGCUGUUGAGGAUAAAGAUGUUGGUCCUCUGAUCAAGACUAUUAUGACGCGUUGCAUCCACUGCACGCGGUGCAUUCGUUUCGCAUCUGAAGUGGCCGGUGUUGAUGACCUCGGCACCACUGGUAGAGGUACUGAUAUGCAGGUUGGAACAUAUGUGGAGAAAAUGUUUCUAUCUGAGUUAUCGGGCAAUAUAAUUGACUUAUGCCCCGUCGGCGCUCUCACAUCGAAGCCUUACAGUUUCGUUGCUCGACCCUGGGAAACUAGGAGGAUUGAUUCCGUCGAUGUUUUAGACCCUUUGGGCAGUAACAUCGUAGUUACAACGAGGACAAACGAGGUUUUACGUAUUCUCCCUAGGACUAACGAGGAGAUAAACGAAGAAUGGUUAUCAGACAAAUCUCGUUUCGCGUGUGACGGUCUGAAGCGGCAGCGGCUGGUGACGCCGCUGAUGACGGACAGCCGCGGCAACCUCACUCCUGUCGAGUGGGAAGACGCCAUCGUGGCCGCCGCGCGCGCGCUCAGAGACUGCCCGCCUGAUAAGCUUGUAGCAGUGGGAGGCGACAUGGCGGACGCGGAGUCGCUGGUGGCGCUGAAGGACCUGGUGAACCGGCUGGGCUCGGAGCUGGUCUGCACCGAGCAGUACUUCCCGCUGGAGGGCUCCGGCAUCGACCUGCGUUCCACCUACCUCCUGAACACCGGCAUUGCUAAUGUGGAGGAAGCCGAUUUCGUGCUUUUAAUCGGCACCAACGUGCGGCUGGAGGCGCCGCUCCUCAACACUCGCAUACGCAAGGCCUUCAUGCACAAGGAGACCGACGUCGCGCUGCUCGGCCCGCAAGUUGACCUCACCUACGAUUACAUGCACGUGGGCGACUCAGCGUCCAUAUUAAAAGAUCUGGCGUCGGGCAGCAGCUCGCACGCGGUGCAGCGCAAGCUGGAGGAAGCGAAGCGGCCGGGGGUCAUCCUCGGCGCUGACCAGCUGAAGACGGCGGAGGGCGCGGCGCUGCUGGCGCACACGCAGGAGCUGGCGCUGCGCCUGCAGGACAAACUGCAGGAUAAGGAAUGGAAGGUGUUGAACGUGCUGCAGCGCACGGCGUCGCAGGUGGCAGCUCUCGACAUCGGCUACAAGGCUCUAUCGGAGGUGGUCGGUGAGCGUCUCCCUUAUGAUAACCUGGACGAGGUGCGCGACCGCCUGUCGCAGGUGAGCCCCGCGCUGGUGGCGUACGGAGACCUCCAGAACAAUAAUUACUUCGCACAGGCAAGAGCACUCGCACAGAGCGUACAAAAGCCGGUGUCGGGUAAGCUGGAGGUGCAGCUGAAGUCUCUGGAGGACUACUUCAUGACGGACGCCAUCAGCCGCGCCUCGCCCACCAUGGCCAAGUGCGUGCAGGCCGUGCUCAAACAGAAACAAGCCACGUAUUAAUAUAGAUAAAUACACACUAUAUCACACAAUAGCAUUAAAACAUAAAUAACAACUGAUUUACUAGUAUUUGAAAAUAUUCCGAUAGAUACAGAAAGGAGGUAGGAGGUAGAUGUUUACAUAAAGGAGGUGGAAAAUUAAAUUUAAUAUAAAAAAAUAGUUAAAUGUCGUUAACAUUACUAAAUUUGAACGCAUUCGUAGAUAAAAUAUUGCACGCUCCGAGAUUUCUCUAUUUAUCCUAAAAAUCUUAUAUAUGUCUUAAAAUUUACUUUUUUCAAUCGUAUUGUGUAUUAGUGUGUUAGAAAUAUAAUAGACUUCUUUUAUCUAAGCGUUGUUUAUGUUUUCGACAUAUUAAUGUUUAGAUAAAAGCAGUUGCUUUUCUAGUAUAGUUAAAAAAUGCCUUUCUGCAAUCAUUUUUACGGUGAAAAUACUUCAGAAAUGCACCGCGUGCAGUCGACAGCUCAUUCCCAGGCUAAAGAAUUUAGCGAAUUUAUCUGUCGACUGCAUUUGUACAUUGUGGUUUGAAGUUAUUUAUUUUUUACUUUUUAGAUUAAGAGAAUCAGUGUUACCCACAAUAGCCUCAUGAUUUUUUUUGAUAUUUGAAUUAUUUGUAACAUGUACCGUAGAAUGAACGAAAUGUAUAACAAAGUGAUGGCCAAUCUUUUCUAAGGACAGAUGUUUUGUAAAUAAGUGUUUAGAAUUAAAUAAAAUGUAUAAUGAUUGUAGAA